UGCUUUAGCGGCUUUGACGCAUAACACCCGCAAGAAGAGAGGGCAGUUUUCAUUUCGAAGCUGCGGGAAACGAAAGCGGAGAUCCCUUUCCAUCUUUUUGGUUCAUGUAAAAAAGGGAAAACUAGAGCCGGACAAUCUCCGCAAGUUGCACCUGAGCUCUGCAACUUUGACUCUUUUUUUUUAAAUUUUGCAACUGAAGUUUUUCCUAAGCCAAAUUUCGGCGUCAAGAUCUCGGCUCCAUUCCAAUUCAUUGAAGGAUGACGUGGCUGAGAGGUGUGUCCCUGCUCCUCCUUGUCCAAGCCUCCAUGUCCAUGGUGAUGCUUCCAAACUCCACAGGAUGGGAGCGGAUGCUGGACAAGUAUCUGGAUGAGGACGGGGAGUGGUGGGAAGCCAAGCAGAGGGGGAAGAGGGCCAUCACCAGCACUGACGCUCAGCUCAUCCUGGACCUGCACAACAAGCUCCGUGGCCAGGUUUACCCCCCUGCCUCCAACAUGGAGUACAUGGUAUGGGACACAGAGCUGGAACGGACAGCUGAGGAGUGGGCAGAGACUUGCCUAUGGGAGCAUGGUCCUGCAGGCUUACUCUCACAGAUUGGGCAGAACCUGGGUGUGCACUGGGGAAGGUAUCGCCCCCCUACGUCCCAUGUGCAGGCCUGGUACGAUGAAGUGAAAGAUUACUCCUUCCCCUACCCUCAGGAGUGUAAUCCCUACUGCCCUUUCAAAUGCUCUGGGCCUGUUUGCACACAUUACACACAGUUGGUUUGGGCCACGAGCAGCCGAAUUGGCUGUGCCAUCAACCUCUGCUACAACAUGAAUGUGUGGGGACAAAUUUGGGCCAAAGCUGUUUAUCUCGUCUGCAACUAUUCACCGAAGGGAAAUUGGUGGGGACAUGCCCCCUACAAACAUGGAACCCCAUGCUCUUCAUGUCCUCCAAGCUAUGGUGGAGGUUGCAAGGACAAUCUUUGCUACAAAGUUGAAGAUGACAGAUCCAACCCUUCGCAGGAGGAAACAGAGGAAAGUAACUUUAUUGAGCCUGAGAGCCCUCGAGGCACAAAACCCUGGUCUUGGGCCUCCAAGCCUGCACCUCCCAGCCUUCCAGCCCCAGUCCUGGCCCCCACCGAGCCCCCCACAGAGGACCUGGACAAGAAUGAAGCGGUCAACAUACAGCAGAUGUCUCAGCCCGUCACCUGUGAUAUUAAGCUACGAGAUCAGUGCAAAGGAACAACAUGUAAUAGGUACGAGUGUCCAGCUGGAUGCCUGGCUGCAACAGGAAAAGUGGUUGGAACAGUGUACUUUGAAAUGCAAUCGAGUGUGUGCAGAGCUGGUCUACAUGCUGGUGUCAUAGAUAACGAUGGGGGCUGGUUGGAUGUGACAAGACAAGGCAGAAAAAACUACUUCAUCAAAUCCAACAAGAAUGGAGUCCAGUCUAUAGGAAAAUAUCAAAGUGCUAACUCCUUUACAGUUUCCAGAGUGUCAGUUAAAGCCAUUACAUGUGGAACCACAGCUGCACAAUUGUGUCCAUAUGAAAAGCCUUCAAGACAUUGUCCAAGGUUAUACUGCCCAAUGAACUGUUUAGAAGAGAACCCUCGCCUGUCCAGAGUCAUUGGUACCAGCAUAUACUCAGAUAAGUCCAGUAUAUGUCGGGCAGCUGUCCAUGCUGGAGUCAUCAGAAACGAUGUGGGUGGUUACAUAGAUGUGAUGCCAGUGGAUAAGCGGAAUCACUAUGUUUCCUCAUACCAAAAUGGCAUUUUCUCCGAGAGCCUUCAAAACCCUCCUGGAGGGAAGGCGUUCCGCGUCUUCGCUGUGAUCUGAGCAGCAAUGAAGAUGGUUUAACCAAAUAAUACAAGGCACUUGAAGCUUUUAAAGAGACUGAAAUCGAGCCACGUUGUCAAACUCAAUGACGGAAAUCGUCCAGGCUCUGCCAUCUUCAUGUGUUAGAGGUCGUUACCGUGACAACACAAACCCAGGAAGAAAACUUUGAAAAGAACCCAUCUCUUUCAAAAUUUUCUUUUUCUUUUACAGGAAAUUGUAAAUAUAGCUGAUAUUUUGCUGUACAUAUUUGUAAAUACUUUUCGCCUUUGCGUCCUUUACUUGCUAUCUUAUCAAAUACAUUAUCUUUGUAUGACUAUGGAGUUUUAAAAUGCUAAAUCAUGUGGGUACGGCACAUACAAGACAAAUCAAUUUUUUUAUUGUAUUACAUACUGCACAUUUUUAUUGGUGCUUUCAAGCAGUUCUCUACAUACUUUGUACUUUUUUAAUAGGGAAACCUGGUAUGUGUUAUUUUUGUGUAUUUAUGCUAUGUAUCAAUAUAAAUUGUAAUGGAUGCUGCUUAAUGUUUUAUGUAUUGCAUCUUCCCACCUGGUUGAAUUGGUUUGUAUUUUCCCAAAUACAAAAAAGUUAAGCUAAAAUUUCCUGCAGGUCAGGAGGUGCGCCCAAACCACAGAGUGGUCUUUCUCUGAUCAGAAUAUUUGUGUCUUCAUCGUGCAUUUCCUCUGACAGGACAACAGUUCUUGCAGGUUUUUUAAGCUAAAACAAAUAAAAAACAUUAACUGUA